AUGCUUUCUGUAGCGAGGCUCCGUCUCAGUGAAUCACUCACGGCUGCAGCCGGUCUGGCUUCUGGUCAAGUAUUACUCCGCAAGGCCCCUCAAGGCAGAAACCAUGUUUACAACAUAGCGUUCAACAGGCCUGAGGUCCGUAAUGCGAUUACUCUGGAAAUGAUGGCGGACCUCAUGCGUGCCACGAAGUAUAUCUCGGAGCUACCUCAGAGUGAAUGUCGAGCCAUUGUUCUCUCCGGUGAAGGUAAAUCGUUUUGUGCAGGAAGGGAUCUGAAAGCUUCCCGGAGCUUCACACCAGAUCAGGCGAACGAGUACUUGCUAGCCAUGAAGGAGGGCGUUAAGGCCAUUCUCGGACUGCCCAUGCCGGUCGUCGCGGCCGUACAUGGUCACGCGAUGGGCGGCGGACUCGAAUUCACUCUUGCUUGUGACUUACGUGUGGCAUCCCCUGGGACCAUCCUGAGAUUACCCGAAACAGCCUUGGGCCUCAUCCCAGGUGUCGGUGGAUGCGUCCUCCUCCCGCUCAUCUUACCGCUCGCUACUGCAAUGGAUAUGAUAUACACCUCUCGUCCAGUACCUGGCUCGGAGGCGUCGAACUUGGGGUUAGUCAACAGGUUGACCGAGAGUAAUAGUCCCGAGGAGGUUUUCAACGUAUCAUUAGAGCUAGCUUCGACCAUCGCUGCCAACGGCCCCCUCGGUGUUAGAGCGGCUAAGAGGACUAUCCGCAAGAGGCUUGAUGAAGAGUUCCCUACGUGGUUGGAGGCAGCGAGCGCCGAGCGUGCACCUUUGACGUUUACGAAGACCAUCGAGCGGCACUGGAUUGGUUCUCUGCGAAGACGCUCCACCAGCACCCUUCAAGGGGAUGUGAUUCAUCCUCGUCGCUUACGUCUUGUUCAGCAUCUACGAGUCUGAAAGCCGUUACUGUGGUACGACAGUGCUGAUGUC